GCCAGCUCUAGAUUGCCACUGAUCUGUCAGCCCCACUUCUCUCUCCUCAGCAGUGGCCCAUUGCUGAUCUGGACGUUCUGCAUUUCAGUCCCAUCGCUCCCGCUGCCUCUACGUUUGAAGAAUGGAGUUAUGGCAACGCAAGGACUGGGUGGAUGUCCAUGGAAUUCCCAUGAUUGCUGCCUUUUCCUCAAACUGGGGGCGAAUCGAGAAUUUCCAGGCCAGAGACGAUGAUCUUGUCAUAUGCACUUACCCCAAGUCAGGUACAACGUGGAUCAGUGAAAUUGUUGAUGUGGUUCUUAGAGAUGGGGACACAGAAAAGAGCAAGCGAGACGCCAUACACAUCAAGGUGCCAAUGUUGGAAUUUACUGCUCCUGGACAAGUACCGGCAGGUUCUCUGGUGUUAGAAUCUGUCCCCUCUCCCCGUAUCAUCAAGACCCAUCUCACCGUGUCUCUCCUGCCUAAAUCCUUCUGGGAAAAGAAAUGCAAGUACAUUUAUUUGGCGAGGAAUCCAAAGGACGUAACGGUCUCAUUUUAUCAUUUCGACAAGAUGAAUCAGUUACACCCAGAGCCGGGAACGUGGGAACAGUAUCUGGAGAAGUUUAUGCAGGGGAAAGUGGCCUACGGACCAUGGGGUCUUCAUGUGAAAGAUUGGUGGGAACUGAGGAAGAAACAGAACGUGCUGUACCUGUUCUAUGAAGACAUGAUUGAGGACCCCAAGCGUGAAAUCCGGAAAGUGAUGUCAUUUUUAGGGAAGGAUCUGCCAGAUCUGGUUGUGGAGAAGAUCUGCCAACACACGUCCUUCAAGGCCAUGAAGGAGAAUCCAUUGACCAACUACUCGUCCGUUCCUUCUGCCGUGAUGGAUCAAUCUAUCUCCCCUUUCAUGAGGAAAGGGAUCGCAGGUGAUUGGAAGAACCAUUUCACUGUGGCCCAGAGUGAGCUAUUUGAUGAGUAUUAUGAUCGAGAGCUGGCGGGAACGGAGUUAUCCUUUCGAUUCUAGGACUGGGGUUGGCCCUACCACAAGCAAGGGCUGUCCAGCAGUAAAGCUUCCCAGACAGAGCAGGACACAUGGUCACCACCAGACAGAGACUCAUUUAGAUCAGUGUAGGUAUAUCCAGACUUAUAAACUGAGCCUCGUCCUAUUUACCCUACAUGCGCACAAAUCAGCCCCACAGAUCAGAAAACUUUGCCUUGUGAUUACUGCUCCAUGAAGACGGAGGUAUUUGGGGAGCAAGGGGAUGGAUUGGGCACUAAUGUUUGGAGAAAAACAAUUUCAAUAAAGAUGUAGAAAUACAA